AUCCCAUUUGUGACGUUGUUAAGUCGCUGCGCGUUGCCCCCACAUCCCACAAAGCCACGACUUCUGAACUGCCUCGAGUAGUCCAGCUGUUAUAUCUCACCUAACGGGCAGAAUCUGAAGAAGUGCUGUUUGAUUUUCAGUUUUCCAAGCCUUCGUUAUUGUUACGACAGAGGAGAACCAGAAAUCUAAGCAACCAUGGCCUCUUCAAUUCCCUCAGCGGGGUUGCCCACGACUUUGGCCAGCAACUUGACCGAUUUUGCCGGCAACGUCGUCAGCGUCAUCAGUCCAUACAUCCCGGAUGCCAUCAAGUCAAACCUGAACACUCUUGCAUCCUCGAAGUUGACUCAAGAAAUGGCCAAGAGCUGGAACUGGGCAGCGUAUUCUUCUUUGCUGAUCGCAAGCAUCUAUGUUUUCGAUUGGGGAGCGAAGUCGCGUCGCGACAAGAGGCUUCGCGAUUUCGGCUCCCCGCCCCCUUUGGUUCCCUUCAAGGCCCCUUUUGGAAUUGACUUGGCUGUGUAUUCUUUGUACCGGUUCUUCAAGUUCACCUUCUUCGAACUCGUCAACAGCUGGCUUGAGGCCGUGCCUGGCCGUACAGUUGAGAUGCGCAUGUUUGGCACAGGUCUCAUCUUCACCGAUGAGCCUGCCAACAUCAAGGCGAUCAUGUCCACAGAGUGGUCCAGCUUCGGAAGAGGCGAAGUCACAAAGCGUAUCUGGGGAGACAUGCUGGGAGAAACGCAGAUCUUCGUUGUGGAUGGAGAAGACUGGCACAACAGCAAAGAGCGCAUCAAAGGCCAUGUCAUGAAGAUGCGCUCGGACGAUCUUGAGAUCACUGAGAAGCACGCCUUGCAACUCUUCAAGCGCUUCAACGUGGGAAAGCCAAUCGAGGUCUACGAUGUAGCCGACCGUUACCAGCUCGAUGUCGUCUCAGAGGUGUUUUUCGGCGAGUCUGCUGAGUCCCUCACUGGACACCAUCCUUUCAGGGACCCCAUGGAGACUCUCCACCCUAUCAACACGGCGCGCAUGUUAUUCGGAAAGAACGCCUACUAUGUCAAGGACAAGUACCUGGCUCCCAAGGCUCUUAGGGAAUUGAACGGCUACACCUCGGGCAUUGUCGACCGCGCGUAUGCGAGAGACUUGUUAAAGAAGUCACCCGAAGAUUACAACAUGUUGGACGAUCUUGUGAGCCAGAAGAAGAGUGUCAAGGAUAUCAAAGACUCCAUGAUGACCAUCAUGCUUGGCGGAAAGGACCCCUCGGCAAUCCUCAUUGCAUGGGCUAUCUUCCUGAUGGGAAAGUAUCCCAACGUCAUGAAAAAGAUGCAGGCCGAGGUUGAUCGAGUAUCCGGCGACAAGCCACCUUCAGCAUCUGACCUUAAAGAGAUGAAGUACAUCCGGCAUGUCAUCAAUGAGACUUUCCGAUUGUAUCACCCUCUUGGUAUGAAUGUCAGAAUGGCUCUGAAAGACGCCACAUUGCCGAUCGGAGGAGGAAAGAGCGGCAGAGACCCUGUUGCAGUUCCCAAGGAUACAACCAUCAUUUACUCUCUGGGCGGUCUACAACGCCGGAAAGACAUCUACGGUGAGGAUGCGCUCGAGUUCCGACCCGAGCGCUGGGAAGGAGCCAACAUCAAUCGCUGGCACUUCAUUCCAUACAACCAUGGUCCUCGCCACUGCCUCGGUCAGAAGUUUGGACAGCAGCAGAUGGAGUACGUCCUGGCAAGAAUUUGCCAGGAAUACCAGGAGAUCCGGAUUCCCCCGGGACAGCCCGAACAGCAGAUUCGCAUUGAACUGAACUUGAAGAUGGCGCACCCAUGUAUGUGUGAGUUUGUCAAGAAGGGCAAAGGCAACUAGAACAUUUCGCUAUAUUGGGCCCGUUCGGAUAGACUAUUUAGAUCGCGGUCUAUCACUGAAAAAAGUUCGAUGCUCAUGAGUGGACAAGUACAAUCCAGUCAGGCAUGUUACAGUUGUUCCAAAUAGCCCGUAGAAAUAUUAGGUGACAUGCAAAAACCUGCAAAAUGUUAGACAGGAAUCUCAGGGGAGACCUACUUAAAC